AUGAAGGCCGACGUCAGUGAAGUACAGAUCGCGAGCUAUCUUACGCAGAACUUUGCUGCAAACUACAGCCAACUGGCACCCGUAGCUCUCAUAAUCUACGACUACUGUCUGACUAUCGGAAGUGAAGUGCGCUUCAUAUGGGGCCGGAAGCUGCCUGCGGCGUUCGUGUUCUUCCUUAACCGAGUGACUAUGGUGGGACUGGCGGUGACGGGCAUACUCGGCAUUCUAUCAUGGUCUUCUGUGGAGGAUUGCAAAGGCUUACUGAUCGCCAAUGAAGUCUUUCUGUCCGCCUCAUACAUAAUUUGGGCCUGGGUUUCCGCAAUUCGCGUCAGGGCCCUCAGCCAGAGUCGUGCACUCGCCUGUGUGACGCUACUGCUCGGCCUCAUGCCAUUUGUAUCCAACUUGGUGAGAGCCGCGACCCAGAACGAUUCCAACCCAGUGCUCACGGGCGUUGGGGAAGGUCCUUCCGCUCUGAGCACUAGUCGGAUUCUGGCUGACUCGUACGCAAUGGCUGUAGACGUGCGUUGUCCGCUCUGCGCAACGUGGCCCAUCCGCCUCACUCACAUCCAUGAACACGUGCUAUACGGCUCCCGCGCAUGUGCGAUCGCAAGCGAUCUGAUCGUGAUCGUGGCGACAUGGUACAGGACGUCAGGCCCCGGGAACAGGCUCCGCGUAUUCUGUCUACGGGAGCUGCUGCGUGGCCGAACUGACGCGCCUACGCUCGCAGAUCUGCUCAUCCGAGAUGGGAUGCUAUGCUUUCUCGUGCUUCUCGCCCUCAACGUCGCACAGAUGCUCACGAGUUUCCAGGUCGCCUACGGCGUUUUAUACGUCUUCAUCACAUCGAUGGCGAGCGUUCUCGUCUCGCGAUUGCUGAUCAACCUCAAUGAGGCGGUGGGCAAAGACGUCGUGCUUCACCCGGGCACACAACCAGGGAGCCAUUGGCUGGAAAGCCCCGGGUGUACGGAGGCUGAGGUUCCGACGAUCAUGUUCGCCUCUGUCAUAACAGAUCGUUUCGACACCGAUGUGUAG